UAUAAUUAUCUCUUCUGAACACUGUUGUGGAAAACCUUGCACGGAGUACCGUCUAUUAUAUUUUAUUGAUUUUUUACGUUUUAACAAUUUAAAUUGCAUAAUUUUGACAAGAGCAUAAAAUAUAUACAUUCGGUUGCAUUAAUAUAAUCGCAGGCGGAAAUAGGGCAUAGCAAAACAAUGAACAUGGACAACAACAAUGCGAUAGAAAAUCGUGAAAAGGAACGCGAUCGUCGUGGCCGAGGAGCACGUGGCUCUCGUUUCUCGGACGCUGACGGCAACGGUAACGCCGGUGGAGGCGCUGGCAAUGCCGGUGGAGGAGGUGCCGGCGGUAAUGGCCGGGACAGAAGCCGAGAAAGACGCAAUUGCCGUGUAUAUAUUUCGAACAUUCCUUACGACUAUCGCUGGCAAGAUCUGAAGGAUCUAUUCCGUCGCAUUGUUGGUUCCAUUGAGUAUGUGCAACUAUUCCACGAUGAGAGCGGCAAGGCACGCGGUUGCGGCAUUGUGGAGUUCAAGGACCCCGAGAAUGUGCAAAAGGCCAUGGAGAAAAUGAAUCGCUAUGAGGUCAACGGCCGUGAAUUGGUAGUCAAGGAAGAUCAUGGCGAGCAACGUGAUCAAUAUGGCCGAAUUGUGCGUGAUGGUGCUGGUGGCGGCGGAGGCGGCAAUGGCGGAGGCGGCGGCGGUGGUGGUGGCGGUCGCGACCUCAUGGAUGAUCGUGAUCGUGGCUUUUCGCGUCGCGAUGAUGACAGAUUAUCUGGGCGUAAUAAUUUUAACAUGAUGUCAAAUGAUUAUAAUAAUUCGUCGAAUUACAAUUUGUAUGGGCUUUCUUCUUCGUUUUUGGAGAGUCUUGGCAUAAGUGGACCUUUGCAUAAUAAGGUUUUUGUUGCUAAUCUGGACUACAAGGUGGACAGCAAGAAGCUCAAACAGGUCUUCAAGCUGGCUGGCAAGGUGCAGAGUAUGGAUCUAUCCCUUGAUAAGGAGGGCAAUAGUCGUGGCUUUGCUGUGAUCGAGUACGAUCAUCCGGUGGAAGCUGUUCAGGCCAUUUCCAUGUUGGAUCGUCAAAUGCUCUACGAUCGCCGGAUGACAGUGCGUUUGGAUCGGAUUCCCGAUAAGAGUGAGGGACUGAAAUUGCCCGAGGGUUUGGGUGGUGUGGGCAUUGGUCUCGGACCCAAUGGUGAGCCAUUGAAGGAUGUUGCCCAUAAUUUACCCAAUGGCGGUGGUCGGAACCAAAAUCAAUUGCUGGGACAAGUUCAGCAGAACUCUCAGCUGGGAGGAGCAGCGGGUGGUCAAUUGGGUGUUGGUGUCAGCAACUCCAGCAAUCUUUUGAGUAAUCUCGGUGGUGUUAUGUUUGGCCAGAAUGCAGCGGUUCAGCCUUCGCCAGUUGCUCCAGUUCAGAAGCCCAAUCUCGGCAAUCAGGCCGGUGGUGGUGUUGGCGGCGGUGGAUUGAAUCUUAAUAAUCUGAAUACCAGCAAUUUGGCUGCUGUUGUCGGUCUGGGCAAUUUGGGGGCCGCCCUCUCCAAUCCCCUGCUUACCUCUUCCCUUAAUACUUUGGGUUUGAAUUUGGGUAAUGCUGGUGGCAAUGAUGAUACCAUGUCUGGCUCCAAUGCGGGUCUAACCAACAAUUAUAGCAGCGGCGGAUCUGGCGGCGGCGGCGGUAACAACUAUAGCUCUGGCGGAGGAAACAAUUACACCGGCGGCGGAGUUGGAGGAGUUUCCGGCAAUGUGGGCUACAAUGCCUACAGCAGCUCCGGCAAUGGCGGCGGUGUGGGAGGCAUCGGUGGUGGUGGCGGCGGCGGUGGAGACAAUAAUGACUACAAUACCGGCAACAAUCUCGAUAUGUUUGGAGGCGGCGGAGGUGUUGGUGGUGGAGUCGGCGGCAAUUCCAAUGUCGGUGUCGGCAAUUCCGGGGCAGGUGGCCGCAAAUCGGAUACCAUUAUCAUCAAAAACGUGCCCAUGUCGUGCACUUGGCAGACGUUGCGCGACAAAUUCCGUGAAAUUGGCGAUGUUAAAUUUGCCGAAAUUCGUGGCAACGAUGUGGGCGUUGUGCGUUUCUUCAAGGAGCGUGAUGCCGAACUUGCCGUCGGACUCAUGGAUGGUUCGCGUCUAGAUGGUCGCAGCAUUAAAGUAUCCUACUUUUAAGACAUACCCCCCUAACAUAUAGAUUCUAAGUGGUUCCAUUGAAAGAGCGAGAUAACCAUUAACAUAGACGUAUAACUGACGUUCCAUUUUCAACAAAAAAAAAAAAAACAAAAAACCAGCAGAUGACGCAAUUCAUGUAAUUUUUAAGCAAAUAAAUUCAAAACAAAUAAAAUUAUACAAAAUCCCAGCAUACACUUAUAUAUACAUACAUACAUAAAUCCGAUCUGCAAUUGUUUUAACGUUAAAGUAAAAUUAUAAACAUGUGCAGAGAUAUUUCUAGUUCA